UCGGUCGGAUUUGUCGUUCGUUCAAGGUCGUCCGUUGACUUCUCCCUCGACAUUGCCGGGCGGAGCUCCGUCCCUUUUCGGUUGCCAUUCGUCCCGUUUCGGCCAGCUGUUGUCUCUUGCCUGGAUUGAGCCGUGGACGAGCAUCACAAGCGUGAUUCUAGCAGAAACAAACCCUUCGAAUGAGAAAGCAAGCACAAAAGUUCGCUCAAUCUUGAUAGGGAGCGCAAUGGUGAGCCCCGCCGAUUUUGGCACCACAGCUGCUGGAUCUUCAGCGUUGUGUUCGGCCGACAACAUCUCCCCCCUGUUAAUGCAUCCUCGUCUACUUUCGCUGCUCCACCCGUACCUGAAUUACUGCAAGGUAUUCGAGCCACCUGCUGCACCCAGCAAGCUGGGGCCCGUUUCUGCAGGCCCCUUUGCAGUCCUCCUGACGGAUUAGUGUGUUCCUGACCAGGGAACGGCUUGGAGAGAAGCACCAGCUGUAGCCAGCUGGUGCUGUUUGCAGCGUAGCCGCAACCGCCGUGUCUGAUGUCUGUUUCCAGUUCUUUUUUUUCUUUUUUUUAAUACCUCCGGCGGGGCCUUCUUUUUUAUCUCGUUUUUAUUUAUUUACAUGCCUUCCUGUCUUUGUCAGCCGACUGCUGCUUAGCCACAGUUCCGCUGCACGCUUACCCUAUCAUCCAGAGGCGGCUAGCCAGGAUGGGCGCCCGCCUUCCCUCUUCGCCAGCCCUCGUCGUCCGAUGACGCAGGACAAACUUGAUGCUAGUGAGGCGCGACCUCCCAGUUCCACAAGCGUCAUCAUUCGCACGCGCCAAAAACGGCAUCCGAGCACCGACGAUAUUGUGUGCACAUUGGCUGGUCUCGAUUUCCUCAGAAAGAUCCUGCGUCGACGACUGCGAACCUCACCCACCGACGAACAGCCUUCCUUCCGCUUGGCUCCCAGAAAAGCUGAGCUUGGAAGCCGAAACCCCCGCACGCAACGGGCAUCCGCCGUGCACAUCUAGAUCCGCCUGCCGACGUCUGGAAGAUCAGCGUCUUGUCAACUCGACUCCCCUCUCCACGUCAUCCCCCGCGGAUUUCAAUCCCCUGAUGCCUAAUAAUGGCCGACGUACCUCCCCCAACGCAGUCAGCAUCGGUUUCUACACCGACGCUGCUGCCCCGCGUUGCCAUCCAGUUCUGCACUCAGUGUAAGUGGAUGCUUCGCGCAGCAUAUUUUGCCCAGGAGCUCCUUUCGACAUUUUCAACAUCCAUCGGUGAAGUCGCUCUCCAGCCUUCCACAGGCGGGGCUUUCAUAGUCACUCUGACUCACCUUCCCGCCGGCGCCGAAACGACCUCGACCACGAUCCUCUGGGACCGCAAGACCGAGGGAGGCUUCCCCGAGACCAAGGAGCUGAAGCGCCGUCUCCGCGACGUCAUCCAGCCCAAUAGGGACCUCGGUCACGUCGACCGCAAGCACGCGAAGCCCACUCCCGACACAACGACACCUAGUACCCAAGUCUCUCUAGCUUCGGACGCAAUAGCAGAGGCACCGACAAUGGCUCCCUCAUCCGCCUCUGACGUCGUCUCCCAGCUGAAGAAGCACCCCGCCAACGCCAAUAAGACACCCACCGGUGAGGACGCUCCGAACAUCACCACCACCACAUCCGCUGCCGAACAGGAGCAGAGCACACUCAGCGAGGCGGUCCGUGACGCCAUCGGCGCCGCACGCGCCAACACGGGUCAGAAGGCCAAGACCGAGAUGUCGUCCGCCGGCAUGCUGCCGAGGCAGCAUUUUGACGACCCGCCGGCCGAUGCUAACAAAGAGAAAUGCGAGGACUGUGCCUGAGCUAC